AUGUAUGUUUACUUGCAGAAAUCAAUGACACACAAGAAAACAACUGGUAGUAGAACUUAUAGUGGUGGCGAUAACGAGAUGUUCCUUAAACGUGCUCUAGAAAAAAUUUUAAGCGAAAAAGAUAUAAAACGUACUCAACAUGCACAGUUGAAAAAAGCGUGUGAAACAGCAUUAUCUGAAGUUACAAAAGAAAUUCAAAAUACCCGUGUUAACGAAUCUUCUGUUUUACCUUCGAUAACAGUUCAACAAUCAAAUGUUAAUGCUGAAAAAUAUUUUUUACCUUUCGAACUGGCAUGUGCGUCAAAUCAUCCACGAAUGGUGGAAACGUCACUCGAUUGCCUCCAAAAACUUCUUUUACAUGGUCAUCUAAUGGGAACGAUACCAGAUCCGAUGGAUGUAUCAAAAUUACUUAUCGAUCGGAUUGUAUCAACAAUAUGUUUGUGUUUUCGUGGUGUACAAACUGAAGAACAAGUCGAAUUGCAAAUUAUCAAAGCAUUAUUAACAAUCAUGACAUCUCAAACAAUUGAAAUUCAUCAAAGAAGUGUUUUACAAAUAAUAAAAACGUGUUUUAAUAUAUAUUUGACCAGUAGAAGUAAAAUAAACGAAGCCACAGCACAGGGAAGUUUAUCUCAAAUGUUAAAUGGAAUAUUUUCAAAAAUGGAACAAAAACUAUCUUUGUUGAAUGAAAGGAGACGACAGUUGGAUAGUCGAUCAACAUCUCAACAACGUCAACGACAAGAGCCACUAGAUGAUAAUACCACUAUAUCUGAUAUAUCAUUAUCAACAAUGAAAACAAAUGAAGAAGAAAUUAUCUCUGAAUCCAUUAUAAAUGAAGAUGAAAUACUUGUUAAAGACAUUCUAGACGAGCUCGUAGAAAAAAUAUGCUAUGAUGAAGCUACACAGCAACAAAGAAGCACUAACUUAACAACAAAUGAAAUUAUUGAAGAAGCUCAUUCACUGCAUGAAGAUAUUUUGACUACAAUACCAUCUACAACUGCUCUUUCUUAUCAAUCAAACGGCGAAACAGAAACCACCAUAUCCACUUCACUUUCAUCCGAUGAGUUGUCAGCUGAUAAUUACUUCAAAAAUGCUUUUUAUGUGUUUCGAGCUUUAUGUAAACUAUCUGAUCGAGAUAUCAAGGAUAAAACAAAUACAGAUCCCAGAACAAAUCUCGAUUUAAAGUCGCGUAUAUUUUCAUUACGCUUAAUUAUGCAAAUAUUACAAACAUCUGGACCGACAUUUCGUACAUCCGAAGAUUUUUUAAAUGUAAUUAAAACAUAUUUAUGUGUAUCAUUAUCAAGAAAUGGUGUGUCAGCUAUUCCGGAAUUAUUUGAAAUGGCUUUAUAUAAUUUUGUGGAAUUACUCGAUAAAUUUAAACAACAUUUAAAAGUUCAGAUUGAAGUUUUGUUUCGUGAAAUAUUUUUGACCAUAUUAGAAACCACAACCAGUUCGUUUCGUCACAAAUGGCUUGUAAUUCAAACAUUAGCAAAAAUUUCUGCCGAUGCUCAAAUUAUUGUUGAUCUAUUUAUUAAUUAUGAUUGUUCAAUGAGAUCGGCAAAUAUAUUUGAACGCUUGGUUAUUGUUUUAUCACGUGCUGCUCAAGGACGCCAAGCUGUUGAAUUAGGUUGCAGUCAAAUUGAAGAACAUAAUCUUCGAAUGAAAGGACUCGAAUGUCUUGUAUCUAUUUUGAGAUGUAUGGUUGAUUGGUCGAAAGAUCUAUAUGUAAAUCCACAUUUACAAAGCAAUCUUGGACCAGAUACAAAACCACUGAAUGAAAAUGGAGAUCAUGAUAGUGGUCGAUCAUCAUCGGGUGUAGAUGGUUCAAUGAAACGUACGGAUUCAGUUGGUUCUAUCAAUUCUUCACAUUCAAAUAGUGGACUUUCAUCUGAAUCAUGGAAAAAUCCUGGUGAUUAUGAAGCGGUUAGACAAAGAAAAGAAUUAUUUGAAAAAGGUUGUGAUAUAUUCAAUCAAGAUCCAAAAAAAGGUUUACAGUUUUUGAUUGAUAAAAAUUUGGUUCAUCAAGAAGCUGAAGAUGUAGCACAAUUUUUUCAUUCCUAUCAAGAUGUUUUAGAUAAAACAGUUAUUGGCGAUUUUUUAGGAGAAAGUACUAAAUAUCAUAAAGAAGGUAUGUAUGUCUAUAUUGAGCAAUUGGAUUUUAACAAAAUGGACUUUUUAGCAGCAUUAAGAAAAUUUUUAGCCGGAUUUCGUUUACCUGGAGAAGCACAAAAAAUUGAUCGUUUAAUGGAAAAAUUUGCUGCUCGUUAUUGUGAAUGUAAUUCGAAUCUGGGAAUAUUUGCUAGUGCUGAUGCGGCCUAUGUACUUGCCUAUUCAGUUAUCAUGUUAACAACCGAUUUACAUUCAAAAAAUGUAAAGAAAAAAAUGACGAAAGAACAAUAUAUUAAAAUGAAUCGUGGCAUUAAUGAAAGUCGAGAUUUACCUGAAGAAUUUUUGUCAAAAAUAUAUGAUGAAAUAGAAAACGAAGAAAUAAAAUUGAAAAUAACAACAGCAGGAUUACGACGUGGAGCGGGUGUAAGUGGUACGAGCGUCGGUAUUAGUGGAAAACCGGAAAGUAUUACAAGUGAUAAACAACGUCAACUGUUAUUUAAUAUUCAAAUGAAAGAUGUUGAAGUAAUAGCACGUGAUUUAAUGUCAAAUGCUGGAACCAUUCGAGAAUUAUUUACAAUAGCUAAACAUCUUGAACAUGUUCGACCAAUGUUUCAAAAAGCUUGGUCACCAUGUUUGGCUGCAUUUAGUGUUGGAUUACAAGAUACAGAUAAUAUUGAUUUAGCAAUGCUUUGUUUAACUGGUCUAAGUUAUGCCAUAAGAAUAGCGUGUAUAUUUCGAAUGGAACUUGAACGUAAUGCAUUUGUUCAAGCAUUAUCUCGUUUUACAUUGUUAACAGCCACCUCUCAAGUAACAGAAAUUAAAGCAAAAAAUGUUGAAUGUUUAAAAACAUUAAUUACUGUUGCACAAACAGAUGGAAACUAUCUUGGUGAAGCAUGGUAUGAGAUUCUCAAAUGUAUUAGUCAACUUGAAUUAGCACAGUUAUUUGGUGUCAAUGCUCAGAAAUCACGUAUGCCCGUUACUAAUCAUCAUCAUUAUCCGUCCCAAUUGUCUAAUUCAACAGCCACAUUUAAUCUACCAUUCGAUAAUCUAUUUUAUUCAGACAAAAAUCCUCAUAAUAAACGCCUACAUCCUUUAAACGAACAAAUUCAAGAAACAAGUUCACAAAGUAUUGUUGUAUCCGUUGAUCGAAUAUUUUCCGGUUCAGCACGUUUAGAUGGAGACGCAAUUGUUGCUUUUGUUCGAAGUCUAUGUCACGUAUCUAUGGAUGAAUUAUAUUCAUCAACACCACGAAUGUUUAGUUUAUUGAAAGUUGUAGAAAUAUCGUAUUACAAUAUGGGACGAAUUCGUUUACAAUGGUCGAGAAUUUGGGAAAUUGUUGGAGAACAUUUUAAUAAAGUUGCUUGUAAUCCAUUACAAGAUGUAGCAUUCUUUGCUGUUGAUUCAUUACGACAAUUGUCAAUGAAAUUUCUUGAAAAAGGCGAAUUUCUAAAUUUUCGAUUUCAAAAAGAAUUUUUAAAACCAUUUGAACAUAUAAUGAAAAAAAAUUCCUCAUCAACAAUACAUGAUAUGGUUGUACGUUGUGUAACACAUUUAGUAGAUUCACAAGCAAAAAAUAUUAAAUCUGGAUGGAAAAACAUAUUUAGUGUAUUUCAAAUGGCAGCUGCUGAUACAGAUGCGAGUAUUGUAGAAUUAGCCUUUCAAACUUGUACACAUAUCAUAACCACGGUAUUCGAUCGUCAUUUUGCUUCAGUUCUUGAUAGUUUUCAAGAUGCUGUUAAAUGUUUAUCAGAAUUUGCAUGCAAUGCUUCGUUUCCUGAUACAUCAAUGGAAGCAAUACGUUUAAUUAGACAAUGUGCCAAAUAUGUUGCUGAAAAACCUCAUAUGUUUAAUGAACAUGCUGGCGAAGAUUUAAUCAACGUUCCAGAAGAAGAUCGUGUAUGGGUUAAAGGAUGGUUUCCUGUUCUAUUUGAAUUAUCAUGUAUCAUUAAUCGAUGUAAACUUGAUGUACGAACGAGAGCUUUGACAGUGAUGUUUGAAAUAAUGAAAUAUUAUGGCGAAACUUUCACUCAAAACUGGUGGAAAGAGUUGUUUAACGUUGUAUUUCGAAUAUUUGAUAAUAUGAAAUUACCUGACACUCAAAUUGAAAAAAUUGAAUGGAUGACAACAACUUGUAAUCAUGCAUUAUAUGCCAUUGUUGAUGUAUUUACACAAUUCUUUGAUGAUAUGGCCGAUUCGUUAGUCGAAGAUCUUUAUUCUCAAUUGAAAUGGUGUGUAAAUCAAGAUAAUGAACAAUUAGCUAAAUCUGGAAUUAAUUGUCUGGAAAAUUUUGUUAUUGCAUGUGGUCAACGUUUUACACCGCAAAUUUGGGAACGAACAUGCGCGUGUAUCUUGGAAAUAUUUCGUUCUACAUUACCAGAAGCAUUAAUGACAUGGCGACCAGAUACUGAUUCAUCGACAAUGACUACUAUUAUCGAAACAAGUAUGCUCGAUCGUACAUAUAGUUCAUUUGAUCAUGCAGCUGUUGAAUCAGCAUCUAGUCAACAUAAUCGAUUGAAACAUGGUGGUAGUGUUGCUAGUUUAAAUAGUUCAACAUCAACAGAAGGUGGUGAACAAGAAUUACGACAACGUUAUUCAAGUAGCGGUAGUAGCGAAAGAACAAGACCAAAUUCCGAUUAUCGUCUAUUUCAAAUAUUAACAAUUAAAUGUGUUGUACAAUUAGAGUUAAUUCAAGCUAUAGACAAUAUUGUAUUUUAUCCGUCAACAAGUAAAAAAGAAGAUCUACAAAAUAUAGCUGUCGCACAGGCAUUGGCUUCAUGUAUACCAGGUCAACAUAAUCAAUUUACACUUUCGGAUGAAUCACGUGAUGAUCAAGGAAUGUAUCAAUAUAUGAGUAUUGAUCAAUUGUUAUUAUUAGUCGAUUGUCUUAUCGAAUCACAUAUUUUUGCUCGUACAUUUAAUUCAAAUCAUGAACAACGAAAUUUACUGUGGAAAUCUGGUUAUCGUGGUAAAGCAAAACCAAAUUUACUCAUACAAGAAACACAUAGUAUAGCGUGUGCAUUUCGUAUAUUAUUUCGUUUAUAUAAUAAUACAUCUCGACGUGAAUGUUGGGAUACACUUCGACGAAGAAUUAUUAGGCUAACACGUGAUACUCUUGAAUAUUAUUUGACAUUACAAUCAGAAAGUCAUCGUGAUGCUUGGACAAGUGUACUCCUUUUACUUUAUUCUAAAUUAUUAAAACUCGAUGAUGAAAGAUUCAAAUUUUAUGGAUCCGAUAUUUAUUUACUUGUAUCGGAAGUAAUUGUAUUUGAUUUGAAACCCGAAUUACGUUAUAUGACUCGUGAAUUUUUAUUUCGUAUUGGAAACAUUUUCAACAUCAAUAAUACAUCAUCAAGACAACUACAAAUAGCGUGA